AGAAAAUGUUUUGUCUCAUGUGUGAGGCCGCUGGUUGUAUCUGGUGCUAAUUCCAGAAAUAUGCAUAUAAGACUACAAUGCAUUGUUAAACUAAUGUGAGUGUUUGUACUUUCAGGGAGCUAAGAGGCUAAUUUUUAGUAUUCAGUCACCAUCUUCUCAACACAUCAGUGUUCUCCACUGCUGCAAAAAUGACAAAGCCAAUCUUGGUUGCUGUGAUCCUUCAGCUGGUGAUCACAAUAAUAGAGAUUAAUGGGUACCAAUUUGGAGAUAUAAUUGUGUUUCCCAGGAAAUGUCUCAGCAACACCGCAAAGCCCUUGUACAUGCACUAUGCCAUUUAUGUGGGCCCAAAGUCAGAAAGAGACAUUGGCCAAGGUGAUAAUGACAUAGUUCACCGCACAGGUGACUGGGAUAGGUCAAACUGCAGAUUUGACAAACUUGCAAAAGUUAGAGAUAAUCAUCAAGAGAAGAAGGACAAUUACCUCGAUGGCAUUAAAGGCUUCAAACCAGGAUCCCCGGAAGAAAUUGCAAAGCGAAUUGAAAAAGCCUUGAAGAACUGUGAAAGAUAUGACCUCCUUACCAGGAACUGUGAACACAUGGCUACUUUUAUACGCUAUGGUGAGAGCCAUUCACUGCAGCAUGGUUCAGCUUGUCAAAGUGUGAUUAAUGUUAGUAAAAGAGCACAAAAACUGCUGGCCAAAGUGAGAGAACACGUCAUGGAUGAA